AUGACAUGUAAUGACAAAUUGUUGGAAGACCUACCAACCGGUGCAAACGAAGAUCUUUACAUACAAAACAAACUAUCACAAACAGUCGAUCGAUCACCGACAAGAUCAAUGUCGUUCAUACACCGAAUGUUUCCAUUUGGAUUUCGUGAUGAAGCAUUUGUAUUAAUCAAAAUCACAGUCCCAUUUGCAAUGGGAAAUGUGCUUGCCUCGUGGUUAAUUGCAUUUAUUUCAUUGGCACUUAUCGGUCAUGCACAUGGACAAUUAGAACUAAAUGCAUGUGCAUUAGCUUUAUCUACUUAUGUACUGAUUAGUAAUUCUAUUAUGCUUGGACUUAACUUUGGUUGUGACACGUUGUUACCUCAAUGUUUCGGAGGAAAUAAACGUAAAAUGGGUUUAACUAUUCAACGAGCGAUCCUCAUAACAGGAUAUUCAUGUUUUAUCUCUUGGACUCUGAUGUUGAAUGCAAAAUUUCUAUUGAAAUUUGUUGAGCAUGAUCAGCAAGUUGUGAAAUUAGCAGAUAUAUUUUUGCGUUCAUUUCUUCUCGCUGUACCAUGUGAUGGUCUUUCAAUGCUAUUGCAAAAAUAUAUCGCAUCGAACGAAAAAACGUGGCCACUUCUAAUUAUUAAUCUAAUUGGUAAUACGGUGAAUGCAUUACUAAACUACGUCUUUCUAUAUAAAUUGCAUUUGGGUAUACGUUCGGUGCCGCUGUCAAUGACGAUUUCAUACGCAAUUAUUGCCCUAUGUGCUGCUCUUUAUAUUCGCUUCUCAACGAUUUACGCCGAAACAUGGCAUCCGAUAACUCGUGCUUGUCUAGAAGAAUGGAAUGUGUAUCUCAGAUUAUCCGCGCCCGGUGUGUUGAUGAUUAUGACGGAAUUUUGGUCGAUUGAAUUGAGCGUUUUCUUUGCUGCACAUCUUAGUGCUCGAUCAUUAUCCGCACAAGUAUGUGCUUAUCAAACAGCAUGGUUAUUCUACUUGAUAACUUCAUCGUUUGCGACGGCAGCUAACAUUCGCAUCGGACAAUUUUUAGGUAGUGGAAAGCCGUCGGAAGCAGCAAAUACUAAAAACGUGACAUUAACUGUCGGUGCUCUUGUUAUAUUAUUCAAUAUAUGUUUGAUUGUCACUUUCCAUUAUUGGUUUCCGUUUGCUUACAAUACUGAAGCAGAUGCAUUAACGCUUUCACGUCGUGUUCUAUUACUAAUUGGAGUUCUUCAAAUAUGGGAUGGAUACAAUGUGUUUAAUACAGGUAUUGUCAAAGCAUGUGGAAAGCAAAAACGCGGUGCAAUAAUUUCAUUUUGUGGAUUUUACCUUUUUGGUAUUCCACUCGCUGGUGUAUUGAUGUUUGUUAUUCGUACUGAUAUCUAUGGAUUUUGGUUAGGUAUAAUAGCCGCAGAAACGGUUACUAACAUUCUUUUAUUUACUCUAAUUGGACGAUUCAAUUGGGAACGGCAUGCUCGAGCAGCUCUGAUGCGUAUUAAAUUCAAUCCAACUUCAGCAACAACUGAAAUUGUCACUAUAUCAGUUUCCAACGAAGAAAAAACAGAUAUCAAAACAGAAACAGCCGAAAGUCGAUUGAUUAACAAUGCGGCUUAUCCCGUCUACGCGUUUCACAUUAGCGCUACUUGUAUCUUUUGCGCUGUUCAUUCAAUAUUCACAACGAAUAAUGCAUCGAGAUUUUCAGUUAAAUAUGGAUCGGAGUUGUUAAAUGACAAAAAGUUUGCCUGGACAGAAUUCCAGCAGCAAAUUCUCCUCGGCGCUUAUUGGUUUGGUUACAUUUUUACCUUAAUACCAAGCGGUUGGUUAUCGAUUACUCUAGGUGCCAAACGAAUGUUCGCUGGUAGUCUUCUAUUCAGUUCGAUUGCAACUAUUGGAAUCUGUAGCAUUUAUUUCAUUGAUCGUUUCAAUUUCUACGUUGCUUUGUUCUUUCGAAUUAUCAUUGGUUUUACUCAUGGUCCACUAUUUCCAGCAACGUACACUUUCUGGUCAGUAUGGGCUGUACCUUUCGAACGAAGUACUUUGACAGCCAUCGGAUUCUGUAGCAAUAAUCUCGGAACCUCUAUAACUAUGCUAGUUGGUGGUCUCCUCUGCCGUUAUGUUAGUUCAGGAUGGGUUCAUAUAUUUCUUCUGACGGCUCUAUGUGGUUUUAUUUGGCUUCCAUUAUGGUUGUGGUUGGUAGCGGAUUCACCUCAAACUCAUCGAACGAUUAGUGAAAAAGAACGAAAUUAUAUAUGUAAACAUAUUGGUCUGAACAGUGAUCAUAAAAAGAAGAAAACUGUUUCACUAGCGUCUUUGCCGUGGAAGAAAUUUCUUCGGUCCAAACCACUGAUUGCUUUAUUUGUAACUGAAUGUUGCAAUUUAUUUGGUCUGUUCUUUUUCUAUACAAACGUGGGCAAAAUUUUAACUGAAAUUCACCGUAUUCCUACUCAAUAUACUGGGUAUAUCUUAGCUGCCGGUUUUAUCUGCAUGCCAAUCAGUAGUCUUCUAGCAGGUAUCAUUGCUGAUAAUGUUGUUCGUCGAGAAAUGAUAUCAUUGACGAAUGUUCGAAAACUAUUCAAUUCCUUAGCGUCAUUUAUUCCUGCUAUCUGCACGAUAGUUCUCUGUUUUUGCGAUCAUACUCGACAAGUUCUGGGAUUGAUUACAAUCUUGAUCUUGCUAUUUUCUUCAGCAUUGGCUUAUGGUUCUGGCUACAUUGUGAAUUUCGUUGACGUACUGCCGGCAUAUUCAUCAAUUGUGUUUGGUAUAGCCACAGCAGCGGCAACAUUCGGUGCACUGAUGGCUAAUGUUAUCGCUGGGCUUGUCAUCAAACGGCCUGUUCUGGAAGACUGGCGUAAAAUUUUCAUUCUCUUUUCCAUCAUAUAUGUUAUUGGUGGUGUCACUUUUUUAAUACUCGGUUCUGCAGUACCGCGAUCAUGGGCUUUGCUUAAAACUCAUGAGCCAGAGCAACAGAUUGACGAUGUUACAAUCAACGCUGCAGAUGAAGAAGAAACUAUUCCGAUGAGAAUUGUAGCGCCGAUUAAUGAGUAG